AUGAAGAGAGGUCGUCUCGAAAAUCAUUUGAAGGCAAAACACAGUAUUCAUGUUAAUUCAAAACUGGAGUAUUUUAAAUCCCUAAAGGAGAAGUUUGAAAAAAGAUCAACAAUAAAUUCAUUGUUCUCUGCAAGAAGUGCAAGCAAGGAUCGUGGUCUUGAGGCUAGUUAUGAAAUUUCUCUUCUCAUAGCAAAAUGUGGCAAAAAUCAUACAAUAGGGGAGAAUUUAAUUAAGCCCGCAAUAUCAACUUUUCUGAAAGUAGUUCUUGAAAAAGAUGACCAAGAUCUCAAAAGCAUGCCGCUCAGUAAUAAUACUGUUAGUAGCAGGAUUGAUGAAAUGAGUUGUGAUGUAGAAGUACAACUUGUUGAAAAAUUAAAAUAUACAAAUUUUUCAAUACAGUUGGACGAAUCAACUGUAAGAUAUAGUGAAGCUCUGUUAAUGGCCUAUGUAAGAUAUGUUGAUAAUGGAGAAUUUAUUGAGGAUAUGCUAUUUUGCGAAGCAUUAGAAACCACCACUAUUGCAAUUGAUAUAUAUAAGAAAUUAAAAACAUAUUUAGAUGAUAAGCAGAUACCAAUGGAGAACAUUAUAUCUUGUGCUGCAGACGGUGCUCCAGUGAUGAUGGGCAAGAAAAAUGGAGUUUAA